AUGGCGCCCGCUCCGGUCUCUGUCCAGCAGCAGCAACGGAGAAAGAUCCUGACUGUUUUGAUGAUAUCCCUUCUUUUGGAUCUGAUUUCGUUCACGUUUAUCCUGCCGCUGUUCCCCUCCUUGUUGACCUUCUACCGCAACCGAGACCCUUCGCCCAACUCCCUGCUGAACCGGGUCUUCCACUACCUGAACGCGUAUAAGAACUCGUUUGCGCGUCCGAUUGAUUCUCGCUACGAUAUCGUCCUCCUCGGGGGUGCGCUGGGCUCGCUCUUCUCGUUGCUGCAGGCCAUCGCUGCGCCCUUCAUUGGCCGUCUGUCCGAUCAGCAUGGCCGCCGGACCGCCCUGCUCUGCUCCAUGGUCGGGAAUAUCCUGAGCGUCGCCCUCUGGGUGGCCGCCACCGACUUCCGGACUUUUCUCGCCAGCCGUGUCGUCGGCGGGCUGAGUGAGGGGAACGUCCAGCUCGCCAACGCGAUCGCCACGGAUAUCAGCGAUGAGUCGCAGCGCGGCUCGACCAUGGCCCUGGUGGGCGCCUGCUUCAGCAUCGCCUUCACCUGCGGGCCGGCCUUGGGAGCAGCGCUCUCCAACAUCACCACCGUCGCGGCCAACCCGUUCGCAACCGCCGCGGGAGUCUCGCUGGCCCUGAUCGUCCUGGAGACUGUGUACAUCUACUUCCGUCUCCCGGAAACGCACCCUCGCUUCACCAAGUUGAAGCGCCCUUCUUCUUCUACUACCACUACGCCGGAUGGCUCUACCUCCGACUCUGCUCACGAACCAGCCGACGUCGCGCCGGCUCCUCAUCAGCACGUCAACAACCCCGCGGUCUUGAACAUCCUACAUCUGCUUUUCCUCCUCCCCUUUUCCGGUCUGGAGUUCUCACUCCCCUUCCUAACCGCCACGCUCUACGCCGGGAAUAGCACCAGCAGCCCCUCCGCCCUGAAUGGCCGGCUGCUCUCGCUGAUGGGUCUGAUCGCCUCCCUGCUUCAAGGCACCGUCGUGCGCCGGGUCUCCCCCUUGCUCACCGUGCGGGCGGGUGUCGUUGCAUGCGCGUUGGCCUUCUUCCUCCUCGCGCGCGUCUCCUCCAUCACAGGCCUCUACGCCUCCGGCUGUCUACUAGCCGUCACCAGCGCGACGGUAGUCACCGGCCUGAACAGCCUGGGCAGCUUCGAGGCCCGCGAGGGCGAACGUGGCCGUGUCCUCGGUCAGCUGCGCUCCUGGGGUCAGGCCGGCCGUGCUGCGGGACCCUUGCUUUUCUGCUCGCUCUUCUGGUGGGUUGGCCGCGAAAUCGCCUACACCGCCGGCGGCCUCGCCAUGCUGGUCGUCUGUGUCGCGGUGUUUACCUUGCUCAAGGCCCCUCCUGUCACCAAGGUGAAGAGUACUUAA